UGAAUCUUUAGCCAGAAGAGACUGCAAUUCAUGGCAUUCAAACUGCAAUCUUUUCCUUUUUCUUCCUUUUUUCUUUCCCUCACAAGGUCGAUGAUCUUUUGACCAGCGAUUUCUGAACAAAAAUACCAGCGUGUUGGUUGUCUGUGGUUGGAAAUAACUGUGUCUCUAUUUUUACAGUCUGUACAAAGUAGCAAUUACAGAAGCAUAUAUAUUGAUGCCAUGAUUUCUUCCUCGUUAUGGCCUUUGAUGAUUUCCGUUCCGGUCACGUCGUUUUCUUCUCUCUCCUCUCUCUCUCUCUCUCUCUCUCUCUCACACCACAUACAGUGGAGAGGACUGUCAGAGCAGCAGCAGCAGAAAAAGUCGGGAGCACAGAUCAAAGGAAAUUAGAGUAAUCAUACAUAUAUAUAUAUGUAUAUAUAUGAGAGGGGCUUGAAUUCGUUAAGCACAAAAAGAGAAAAGAACUAACUCCUUUGCCAUCAUGCUUCCCCAUUGCAGCCUUAAUUAUGUGACCAGAACCGUGAGUGUUCCAUGCAGCAGCAUGUUGAGUAGCAUCGUGACGGUAAGAUGCGGACAUUGCGCAAAUCUGCUGUCUGUUAAUAUAGGAGCUUUGCUUCAUUCUCUUCAUCUCCAAGAUUUCCAGCAGCCCCAGAAACAACAAACUACUGUAGAGGCCGCCUGGAAGGAAAGUAUCGGCUCAUCCUCAAAGUGCAACAUGUUUGGUCCACUGCAGCCUCAACAUGAACAACCUAAGAUGGCUCCAAUCCGUCCCCCUGAGAAAAGACAACGGGUUCCAUCAGCAUACAAUCGUUUCAUAAAAGAAGAGAUUCAGAGGAUAAAGGCCAGCAACCCUGAGAUUAGCCACCGCGAAGCUUUUAGCACUGCUGCAAAAAAUUGGGCACAUCUUCCUCAUAUUCAUUUUGGACUGAAGCAUGAGGCCAACAAACAAGCUAAGCUGGACCAUAAUUCAUCCGUUGCAGCAGGAGAUCAAAGAUCUCAGGAAUCCCUUGCCUUCUACUAACUUAAUUAAUUAGAUUUUUAUACACUGUUUCCAAAUAAUUAGGGUUUCAAAAUUUGCAUUUCUUUUCCACCCCUAAAUUAGUAUGAAGUCCGUGGCAUUUUCAUCCCUCCUACAUUUUCAGAAACCUGCAAAAUAGGAAUCCAUUAUGUACAUACUUUUCUUGCCCUUUAGAUUAACGAAAAAUUCUUGAAUGGAUCAGAUUUAGCCGAAUCAAACCAAUUAUAGAGUAAGUAUAUCAAACUUGCUAUGUGAUUGGUCAUUUUCUUUGAACUAUAUAUACACCAAUCACACGACAAGUGCAUUGUACUUAUCAUAUGAUUGGUUCAGAUUCGGCCGAUCGAACCAGAUCCGAGCUAGAAUUUCCGUUAAUUAACAAGAACAAAAAUGCAUGCAUGUAUGUGUUGUAAGUACAUGGAUCUUCAUCAUCAACGACAACCACUACUGAUUCAUCGAUUUUGGCUAAUAACUUAAAAAAUGUGAGGGAAAAAAUUAGUGCCACUUAUCUUGGAGUCUAGGGUUGUAAGAAACUGCAGUUUUUUGGCCUGAGAAGUGAACUUUGUGUAUUUCUCUAUUCUGUCUGAAUAUCUAUCUCAUGUAAUUACUAUAAUUUUUGUUUUCCAUGUGAAUUUCGUUUAGUUUAA